AUGGGUGCGAGCUAUCCCGACACUCCGAAUUCCACGGAGAUUUCACAGUAUGCUUUUCCACUCAAGCCAAAAGACUAUGCGCCAGGGGCCGUCCCAACCCUUGAAGAAUGGCGGAAACUCUGGGCAGCAUGGGAUCUCGUAACGUUGAAAAUGUUCCCAAAAGAGGCCUUGCAUGAACAACCUAUUGCAUUGCGAAAUCCACUUAUUUUCUACCUUGGUCAUAUACCCACUUUAAAAGGUUCUGACAACCCCAGUGAGGAUAUCCAUUUAGCACGAGCGACCAAAACUCCCCCGACCGAACCGAAGUAUUAUCAACAGAUUUUUGAAAGGGGAAUAGACCCCGACGUGGAUAACCCUUCCAACUGUCACGAUCAUAGUGAGAUUCCAAAUACAUGGCCAGAAUUGAGCGACAUCUUGGACUUCCGGGAAAAGGUCUGCGCCAGAAUUACAACACUUUACCAGACACAGAAACCUUGGCAAGAUAGAUCGAUUGGUCGAGCGCUUUGGAUUGGUUUUGAACACGAAGGGCUCCACCUAGAAACAUUUCUAUGGAUGACUCUUAUGAGUCCGAAUAUUCGGCCACCUCCUGGAAUUCCCAGACCGGAUUUCAUCCGCAUGGCUGAACAGGCGGUGCGAGAUCGAGUAGAGAAUCAAUGGUUCGGCAUUAAGCCCCGAACAUUUACAAUUGGCAUCGAAGAUACAGAUGACGAUAGUGCCCUCAGUCCAGACGAUUUCUUCGCAUGGGAUAAUGAGCGCAACCCAUAUGAGGUAUCUGUUAAAGGAUUCGAGGCACAGGCACGGCCUGUGUCUAUCCUGGACUAUGCUACGUACCUUGUUAAAACGUCCCGGAAAGAUUGCCUGCCGGUGACGUGGUCAACCGGGUCGCCUGGAGUUCCCGACAGAAACGUUGCGAGCAACCCUCUUGGAGAACCCAAUGUUGAAGAAUUUGUCAACAGCCUCACGGUGAAGACCGUAUAUGGCCCUCUUCCUCUUCGGCUUGCGCUCGAUUGGCCGGUCUACACAUCGUAUAACGAAGCAGUGGGAUAUGCGGAAUGGGCAGGCACACGGCUCCCUACCUUGCACGAAGCACGCAGUAUUCACCGGCAAGUUGAAGAAGAAAAGGCCGAGAAAACCCAGAAGGAAACAGUAUCCAAGUCGACUCGGGAUGAUAUUUACACAGACCUAACAGCAUGCAAUGUUGGCUUUCAAAAUCUCCAUCCAACCCCCGUCACGCAAAACGGCGACAGGCUUUCAGGUCAGGGCGACUUGGGCGGCGCUUACGAGUGGACAAGCUCAUUCUUUGAGCCUCAGCCGAAAUUCAAACCAAUGGAUAUCUAUCCCGGCUAUAGUGCCGAUUUUAUGGACGGCAAGCACAUUGUUGUUGUCGGUGGGUCAUGGGCGCUGCAUCCGCGCAUCUCUGGGAAGAAGACUUUUCUCAAUUGGUGGCAGAAAGGUUACCCAUAUCCUUGGAUCGGCAUCCGUUUAGUUCGUGAUACUCUAUGA